GAGCAAACACAACAUGACGCAUACUGACGGGAGACUGUCAAAGUAAAACAGGAAGUACACAGAGGCGCAGACAGGAGGGGAGGAGAGAACCCGGGGAGAGCACAGACAUAACGGGCUGGGGAAAACAUGGAAUAAAACUCGAGGAGGACAAACGAGGCAUGGGGACUCACAGAUACGUGGAGGGGGACACAUGGGAGAGAGAGCAUUAGAAGCACAAGCAGUUUAUGCUGCCACUGCUGCAGAGAUGAUGCGACUGUGUUGGGCCCUAGUGCUGAUUUUUUCCUAUUCCACUUCAGAGGGCACUAUAAUCAUCACAGAGCCUGGUGAGAGCAUCACUUUGAAGUGUUCCUCAGAAGAAUGCCCCCAAAACAAUGGUCGAUAUGCUGGGAUGUAUCUGUAUCAUAGGUUUACUGAACAGAAUGAGGUGUAUUUCUAUAGCAACCAUGUUAACAGCAAAGUUACUGUGCGAUCGAGAUACAAAGGCAGGAUGGAGUCAAACGGAGCUCCCAUGAACCACAGCAUCACCAUGACCAAUCUGACUGUGGAUGAUUCUGGUGUCUACACUUGUGUCUACAAAGAAUCAGUAGACAAAAGUGUUGAGUGCAAAGUCUACACGGUUUUUGUAAGAGCAAUAACAAACAAACAUAACAGAGAGCUCCAGACGACCGCAGAGAAGAGACGUCUACCUGGUGGUAAUCGUGAGCCUAAUACUACCGAGCAUCCCAAAGAACCAUGUCCCAGACAAAAGGCGCUCUUGUCCACUGCAGAGGAGAGACAUCUACCUCUGGUGUUAAUCAUCAGUAUUUCCACCAUCAUCCUGCUGUUCAUCAUAAUCUUAAUCCUACUGAUGAUCCAGAAGGCGAGAAAAAUGAGAAGCUACAAAAGAAAAGCAAGACCUUCCCUGCAAGGAUCCAAUGAUUAUGUGUAUGAAGUUAUGAUGAAGACCAACGGGUGGCCAGCAGCAGCUCCAGUGCAGCCAGCACAAAACCCCUAUGAGCUUGUUUAGAAAUGUAGUCGAAUAUUAUUCACUUCUGGAGGGUUUCUUUUUAAGCUGUUGAUGGGGUGUUUUUUUUUUUCUUUUGUUUGUUUGUUUUUGGUUGAUUUUGGUUUUUGAAGUGAUUUAAAUCACAAUGAACGCACUCAAAGUGACCAUUCAUAGUGUUGCAUUGCCUCUGUUCCCUGAUUAUUUGAGAAUUGAGAGGGCAUUUGAAAAAAGCAUAAAUACAUAUUGUGAUAUCAUAGGCAUAGGGUUUGGGUUGUCACUUGUAAGCACCUAGGCCUCAGACAGCCAUAAUAAACAUCAGCAGCCUGAUUAUUGAUCUGUUAGUUUAGCACAAAUGAACACAAAUGGUGAGUGUUUCUUGUUUAUGUAUUAUAACUUGGAGGGUGCAUGCGAAGACAUGUGAAACAUACUUGUGGCCAAAAACAACCGAA